AUAAACUCUCCAGAUCAAGUCCCUGGCACAGCACAGUGUAUUCCUUCAGCACCUGGGUGUUAUACACUGCAGUGUGGUGAAUAGGAUAGAGUGAUUAAGUUUUUACUGCUGGGGGACAUAAGAGGGGGAGGGAAUAUUUUUGCACAAAUGAUCUAAAAGCUAGCAUUGGAUGGACAAUCUAAUUACAGCCAGGACUGUCAGUUCGGGUGGAGGCGCUGGAGGAAGUAGCAAAGGUGAUCUUUCUCUGAGUGCGGGAGUGUCAGGUGGGAGAGCUGCUUCAGGAGGCUCUGGGAGCACAAGCAGCUCAGUUCUGAUUCCAUCCAGCAGCUCCCACGCCGCCAGCUCUGGUGGAUUCAGAGCCAGCAAGAGCACUGGAGGCAUCAACGUCACUGCUCUAGGAGCUUCCUCUGCCGUAUCCUCAGGUGGUGGGAGUUCAGCAGCUUCAGGGGGCUCGGGGGGCUCAGGGGCAGGGUUUAGGGCUGCUGGAGGGGAGUCCUCUAGCAUGUCCUCUAGUUUUGCGAGUGGUGGCAGAGAAGGAAAAAGGGAAAGGGGUCUAGGUGCUGUGACGGUUUCAACAGUGACGAAGACCAGCUAUAGUUCAGGAGGAUCUGGGGAAGCGAAGAGAGGAUCAUCCUCAGCAAACACUUACUCACCUGCUCCAAAAGAGAGGAAGAGGAUGACCACCAUGGCAGCAGCUGUCUCAGAGGUCUUUGACGUUUCAGAUUGUUCAAGCACAAACUCUUCUCCAGAGUACAACAGGAAGGAGUACGUCACUUCAAGUGCAAGAUCUGCCACCAGAGGGAGAACUCAGAGCAGAGAGAGUGAGAUCAGAGCCAGGCUUCAGAGCGCUUCUCCUCCAGCAAGUUGGACGGAGCUGGAUGAAGUGAAGCGUCUACUGAGAGGAAACUGCUCCACCAGCACCAGCCCCACUCAGUCCCCUGACAACACGCUGCCCAUCCCCAAGAAGGCCAGCGUGGAAACUAGGACCAUGUCUGAGAGCUCCAGCACAGACCACUACGGCAGCAUCUGGUCUGGAGGUGUAAGCAGUAGCUACAGUUACAGUACCAACCCCAACAACCUGUCCCCUACCUCCACCCUUUACCAGUCAGGGGGGGGUCAGAACAACCUGACACUCAGCUCUCCUUUCGUGAGCAGUGGACUAUCUGCUAGCAGCACUGUUCCUGUGUAUGGUGUUCAGAAUAACCUGGCCAGUACCAGCCCCACUGUCCUCUCUCCCACUGGAACCAACACACAAAUAGUUUAUGGUGUGCAGAAAAAUGUGUCUGGCCCUGGAAUGAGCACAACCACAGUGAGACCCAGCAGUCCCACUUAUGACGAGGCCUCAGGCAAAGACUUUAAGUUUGUGCUGAUAGAGAAGGAGAAUGCACCUGUCAAGAAGGAGAGAGAGCGGCUGGUCAUGACCAAAGACACAGGGAAGCAGUUCAUGUCUGCUGCACCGGCUAGCACUUCUGCUACCUACUCUGAGGACUCACUGAAGAGAGAGAAACAGAAGCUUUCAUCCAGCACAAUGGAGGAAGGAACAGAUGCUAAAUCUGCACCCCUAAGAGUUGCCACAAAAGACAAAGCCACCUAUGCAGAGAUCCGUGAAGAUGAAUCAGGCUUUGGCUUCUGUUCCUGCUGCAGCUGGUGGAAGUGGCUGCUCGGCCUCCUACUCAGCCUGCUCCUCCUCCUCGGCGUCCUCUUUGGACUCAUCGCUUUGGGUGAAGAAGUGAAACGCCUCAAGAACCGUGUUGAUGCUCUCGAAGCCAUUACUGGCACUGUGUCAGCCAGGUCCAGCCGCUUGUCGGCCUCCUCAGGCAUCAACAUCAUCGACCCGCUGGACUCGUCAUACAUCGACAGGAGUUCUUCUGGUUCCACUUUGACCCGCUCUGACAAUGGGAUCAACCUGGGGGCUGCUGGGCCAGGGGGAGGUGCAGGGAGCGGACCAAGACAGGACAGUGCUGACCUGCAGAGAGCCGUUCAGCAACUGGUCAGGGCAGAACUCCGCUCGGAUGCUGUAAGAGAAGCACUUGCAUACGCACUAAAAGGGGAGAGAGGAGAUCCAGGACCUAAAGGUGAUCCAGGGCCUCUAGGACACAAAGGUGAUAGCGGCUUUCCUGGCCUGCCAGGUCCUCCUGGGCAGAUGGGUCACCCAGGAUUGGAUGCACCAAGGGGACCAAAGGGAAGUACAGGUGAACCAGGUCCUGAGGGACCACCAGGCCAGAGGGGCCGGGAGGGACCGAUGGGCCCCCGCGGAGAGGCUGGACCACCAGGUUUUGGAGAGAAAGGAGACAAAGGAUCUCAAGGUGAGCCGGGUCCUGCUGGUGCUGCUGGACCUGUGGGGCUGAAAGGUGCCAUGGGAGAGCAGGGUGCCUCAGGAAGCCCUGGUGCUCCAGGUCUAAAGGGUUUCCAGGGUGAAGCAGGAGCUCCAGGAGCAAAAGGUGAUCGAGGAACACCAGGGCUACCAGGAACCAAAGGAGACCAGGGAGAGAGGGGACCACGUGGACCAGCAGGUGAACCAGGACAUCCUGGAACACAAGGCCCUGCUGGACCAAAGGGAUCUAAAGGAAGUGCAGGUGACACAGGUUCGAUGGGACUUCCUGGUGUGAGAGGACCACCAGGGCUUCCUGGAGAUGUUGGUCCCCCAGGUCCCCCUGGGCUUCAAGGACCCCCAGGUAUUGCUGGAAAUCCAGGACAGCCUGGUGGUAAAGGUGAACCAGGAUUACCUGGUAAAGUCAUCGCUCCAAUUGGCUCCGAUACUGUGGCCAUCCCCGGACCUCCAGGGCCCACUGGGCCUCCAGGUCCUUCUGGACUCCCUGGUCUGUCUGGUCCCAUUGGCCCUGCUGGUAUCCCAGGACAACCUGGUUCUAAGGGAGAGCGAGGAGAGAAAGGAGAAAAGGGAGAGCAAGGAAAACCUGGUGAGCUUGGUAUCAGUGUCACGAGUUCAGAAACUUUCAGUGCCACCCGAACAGACAAACAUUCCUCAGUGGCUGGACCUCCUGGCCCACCAGGACCUCCAGGGCCUCCUGGAGCACCUGGUCAUCAAGGUCCUCCUGGUGUUGGUUUACCUGGACCUCCAGGAGAGAAAGGAGAACCUGGCAGCUUUGUGCCCACAUCAGAAACCUUUUUUGCUGGACCACCAGGACCUCCAGGACCCCCAGGUCCACAAGGUUCAGCAGGUAACCAAGGACCCCAAGGGUACCAAGGGGAACCAGGUCAACCGGGUCUUCCAGGAAGUCCAGGAGAACCAGGUGUUGGUUUCCCAGGUCAGCCUGGACCUAGGGGGCCAGAGGGGCCACGAGGACCUAAAGGCGAUGCGGGAGUCCCAGGGGUCUCCAUUGGUGGCUCAUUCAGGCCUGGCCCCCCAGGCCCACCUGGACCACCUGGAAGAGAUGGAACUGGGUCUGGAUCAACUGAUGUGGGCCAGUACAUUGCUGAAUACCUUCAGAGUGGUGGCAUCAGGCAGCACCUGGCUGGACCUCCUGGGCCUCCUGGUCCUCCAGGGGCCCCAGGGGCCGCAGGGGACGGGCUGGUGGAGGAUGUGGCCAGCCGAGUUAUCGCCUACAUCCAGAGUCCAGGUAGAGGAUAUGAUGGGACUUCUGGCCCUCCUGGUCCUCCAGGUCCACCUGGCUCCAUCUCUAUCAAUGACAUCAUCAACCUAUUACAACGAGAGGACGUAAGGAGGUACGUUGCUGGUCCUCCCGGUCCACCAGGACCUCCUGGGUCUCCAGGCUUCGGCAGUUACAGAUUCAACACCCAGGAGCUGGCUGAACGUGUCCUCAGCCUCAUAAAUGAGAGGGGGGUGGUAGGUGUCCCUGGACCCCCGGGACCUCCUGGGCCUCCUGGUCUUCCUGGAAACUUGUUGUCAACUGGGUAUCAAUCACUUGUGGGCUCUCAGGGGCCUCCUGGUCCCCCAGGUAUCCCUGGUCCACAAGGUCCACCUGGACCAGCAGGUCUACCUGGCCCAACAGGAUUUGGGAACUACAUCGGUUCAGACAUUCGUGACUACCUGCAAAGUGUUUCCUUCAGAGGCCCACCAGGCCCCCCUGGUCCCCCUGGACCCGAGGGCCCCCCUGGUCAAAUCCAUGGACUGGUUUCCUAUGCUGAGCAUACCAACAGAGAGAUGCUCAAAGCAGAACGACAAGAAUACAGCAAGAGUGACAGUUCGACAGGAUCUAUGUUUGGACUUCCUGGUCCGCCAGGCCCUCCUGGACCCCCAGGACACAAGGGAGAGCCAGGUGUGCUCGGCACCAGAAACUGGAACCUGGAUACUGGAGACUACUCCAGUAUGGCUGUCAAAGUAAUUGAUUACAUCAAAUCCCACGGUCUGCUCAGUGACAUUGUGAGAGACUCUGAACGUGUUGUUCAAGGACCUCCAGGACCUCCUGGACUUCCUGGAAUGCCUGGACACAGCCAAUGGGUUAGCUCCCGUGAAAAUUUCGUGGAUGUGGUGGAAUACAUCAAAUCCCACGGCGUGCUGCACGACAUUGUGAGGGAAUACAACAGUCGUGUCUUCCAAGGACCUCAAGGACCACCUGGCCCCCCAGGUCCCCCCGGAUACAGCCGAUGGUUUGGUUCCCAUGGAAACGCCACCGAUCUGCUGGAAUACAUCAAAUCUCACGGUCUGCUACGUGACAUUGAACACACCAUCAAAGGAUUGCCGGGACCACCUGGCCCUCCAGGUCCCCCCGGAUACAGCCGAUUGUUUGGUUCCUACACAAACGUCACUGAUUUAGUGGAAUACAUCAAAACACAUGGAGCCAUUGUAGGACCACCUGGGAGACCAGGACAGAAAGGGGACAUGGGAUUCCCAGGGCCAAAAGGAGAGAGAGGUGAACGAGGCCUUCCUGGUCCAGAAGGACACAAGGAACAAAAAGGUGACAGAGAAUUCACAUUGAUGACCAAACGGAGGAGGAGGGACACCGGUGUUUAACAGCCAAGUUACUCAAUAUGUGGCCCUUAAGUGAAAUGCUGUUUUAUGUGGAGUUUGCCUUGUGUGAAUAAAUGUGGUAAAUGUACUGAAACACACAAUGGAUGUUUGUACACCAAUUUAUGUUUUUAUAAAUGAUUUGAUUGUAUUUUUAUAUUUCUGAAUCUCUACUGUGCUGAGUUGUCUGUGUGAAAUCAGGGAUCAUGUAUAGCUUUAAUUUAGCUUCAUUGAUACACUGUAUUAAGGGGUGUCAUAUCUUUUCUAUUGUGGGGUUUAAUGAGGAGGUGACUUUCUCUUACUUUUUCAUGCUCGUGGGCAUUUCCCAAUCAGAUCAUGUUUCGUAAUUCAAAUUUUAAAAAUAGAAGUAAGCUUUUUUUCCAUAGCUUUUCAUCACUGCCAGAUAAUUACAAGUGUAUUACUAACUGGAAUCACAUCAAAGACAAAACACAACUGUAGUACAGAGGAAAAUGUUUAUUUACAGCAAAAAUUUAAAUCUACAUUACACAGGGCAGCCAUUCUAAAAACUAAACAUUUUUUAAAAAUGCAUAAUGAUUUGAUAUGGAUAUCAUUUUCAGUCAACAUUCAGAAUUUUUUUUGUAGAAUCUCACUGACCAACAGAACAAUACCUGCCAGGAUUGAUGUUGUAAUUAUAUGUUUGUAUGCUGCAAACCUCCAAAGAGUGAAUACCUUACAGUACAGGUGCUGCAGUGUGGGUGAUACGUUUUCAUAUAAAUAGCUACUGAGAAAGUUUUGUAAAAAGGUGCACAGCACUCCUUCAUUGCUUUUUUUUUUGUAUAUAACAGUUCAGUUAUUAAAUACCUUUGACUAACCGUAUCUCACAAUAGCCAAUCAUAAAGAAAAUGAGAUGAUAAAAUGAACCAAUCAGAAAUCAAGAUGGCCUAAACCAGUCAGGUCCAUUUUUUGAACACGUUUGUUUUUACAACCGCAUCAAUACAUCAGCCUAAAUAAAAAAAGCUGCUAAGAA